GUCAGAGACAAGUAAGGAUUUUCUCAAGCAAACGAAAAUCCUCUGAUCCGGAAGACUACAUAAGAACCGGAUGUCUCGCUACAACCCGCUGAAGUCUAAGUCAUCCAAAUCGGAAGACUAGCGCGGAUCUCCUUCUCACCCGGAAGUCUGAAAAUGACUCAUCCGGAUUUGUCAGCUAAGAAUCGGAAGACUCACUGAAGACCGGAAUUCUCAGAAAGCGGACAAGUGAGAAAAGACUUAGAAAAAUUAUCUAAGUCCUGAAUGAAGAAAUUCUACUCGUUGAAAUCCAAAGUUCAUGGCUACAGCGGUAGAUUUAGGAAGGGAAUUGGUAAGGCGAAAAAUCAGGAUUACCUAUGGAGGAGGCAACGUUGGCCUUCAAGGAGCUGUUGCUUCAACAGUCUAUACCAAUGGUGGUAUAGUUAGAAGCUUCAUACCAGGGUACAUAGCAGCACGACAGGUUUACGGACCUACAUAUGGUGUAGAGUACACCGUUUCCAGCAAUUACUAUAUGUACUUCGAAAUGAAUCAUGUUGUAGAAGCUUUCAUCAUACUUCCUAGGGGAAUUGAUACUUUGGAAGGUUUGUUCACUUUGAUCUCAUGGGCAUCCGAAGGGUUGCACAGUAAACCCAUUGGUCUCUUGAACAUUGACGGCUAUUUUAAUAACCUAAUCAAAUUUCUAGAUGACGCGGUGAGGCAGAACUUCAUGGCUUCCUGUCUGAGGAAACACUUCAUCUCUUCUUUCUUUAUUGAUGAGCUUUUAGACAAGCUAGCAUUUGCUAAAGCUUUUCCAGGUCCUGGGGCUAGUUAUGACGAGUUUGUAAAUCCCGGAAGAUUAGACUUAGAUUUGCAUUUGUAACGUUUCUUAUGUAAUCGAAAUUGUAUUCGUGUGGAAAUAAUAUUGUCCAUGAAUAUUAUGAGUUAACCACAAAUAUUAUUCUAAGUUGCAUUGCCAGUACAAGUUAGAAAAAUAUUUAUUUCCAUCAUCAGAAUGAAUCAUGUAAAUAUCAAAUGUUUUCUUAAGGUGGGUCAAAUGAAAGAUUUCACUAUAC